GGGAGGUAAAGGUAGAUAAUUGGCUAUAAAAAAAUUCUUUUCCUCAUUAGGAAGGGUGAGUCUGAAUUCUCACCAUUUUUAGUGGCAGGUAGACCCUUGCCAAGACCUAUGCGGAGAGAAAAAUUCUCCACUUGAUUACUGCCCUGAAGGUGACAACCUAUGACAACCGUCUAUCCCGCUAGCACUUUAUCAACCAAUAAACGAGAUUUGACUGAUCGACAAGAAUUUUUUUUUUCUUAUAUAAGAGAUCCCGGCGUGUGCCUGAUUUGUGUUUUCUUUCGAUAUCACCUUUCUAAUAAGUUUCUCUAUCUUUCUCCCCCCCAAAUAUAACCAAAUUCAAAAUACUUUAAUCAUGUCGAUGGACGAGGUUGAUCAGGCUAUUGCCACCUAUGAGGAGUUGAUGGACUUGGACAGGGACUUUGAGGAUGUCGAGACAGAAAUAAUUCGCCAACAGGUUGCUCUUACCAAGUCUCUGUAUGAGAGGAGAGCCAAGCUGGUUGAGAAGAUCCCCAACUUCUGGGCGCUUGUAUUUGAGCAGGCACCCCCGGAGUUAGACCAAUAUAUUCAGCCUAGCGACUCCGCUGUGCUCUUGUCCGCCCUGACUUCGGUCUCCGUCUCUCACUUUGAGAUUGAGAAUGGCGGCCAGGGAGACCCCCGCAGCAUUUCUAUCAAGCUAGAAUUUGGUGAGAACGAGUGGUUCGAGGACAAGGUUCUCGAGAAGAAGUUCUACUACCGUCUCUCCAAGGACGGUGAUGAGGGUCUCGUCAGCGAACCCGUCCCCAUCAAGUGGAAGUCGCCCGACAAGGAUCUCACCCAGGGAAUGCUCGACCUGGUCGUCAAGGUCUGGGAGAACGACAAGAAGCAGCCCAACACCGACAGCACCAAGCUGAAGAAGGAGAAGGACUACACCCCUGAUGAGAAGGCUUUGAAGGAGAAGAUCGAGGCUACCGGUCUAGGUGCCGUUUCCUUCUUUGGCUGGUUCGGAUACCGGGGCCUGAACAUCUCUGCUGAGGAGAGCCGUCUCGCCGUUGAGGAAGAGAAGAAGAAGAGAGCCGACAGAGCUGCAGGCAAGGUCCCCGAGCUCAAGUUGGCCGAGGAGGAACAUGACCAUGAGGAAGAUGAUGACGACGAGGACCCUCUUUCCCUCGAGAUCUUCCCCGAUGGUGAAGAAGUGGCGCUUGCUAUCAGCGACGACCUUUGGGUUAACGCCAUCAAGUACUUCAGCCAAGCCCAGGAAGCCGACAUUAGCGAAGUUGACUUCGAGGAUGACGAAGACGAAGAGAUGGCAGACGGAGAAGCCCAAAGCUAAUGGAAGGAAAUGAUUAAAAGAGGGAUCAGAAUUCUCGCAGAGAACGGUGAGCGAUGAGCCGUGAGCGGUUAUGACGGAUGAAUGAAUGAAUGGUUUGCUACAAGCUGCAAUCAGUUGCACCGGGGGAUUUCGAUACCAAGAAGUAUUUCACCAAAAAUUAUUUCGCCUUAGACUAUCAAUAGAUUCCAAGAUCUGGUAGGGCGCCGGCUGUGCGUCUUACAUUGCUUGAUUUAACUGGAACUUUUCGUCCACAUCCAAGCGCAUCUUUGAAUAUGACAUGACUAGGAGGUACCUAAGUAAGAAUUGCUGACGAAUUAUAGUAACUUAAUAAAUUAUAUGGGGAUGAGGAAGAUCAUUUUCCAAUAAUCGAAUUUGAAAGGGAAAGGGGAACUACUUCGUACCUAAAUACGCAUAUACAUAUAACUACCUAACCUAAUGUAAGCAGGAUUGAGGCGGACUGAAA